GAAGCCUGUCAAAUAUAGCGACUCGUCGUUCUACCGUUCUUUCUCUUCCGGACAGUGUACCGAACUGUUGUGACACAUUUCGCAAAGAUGUUUAUGCCAAAAGCUCACCGUGUCGCCAUCUACGAGUAUCUUUUCAAAGAAGGAGUUCUUGUUGCUCAAAAGGAUUUUUAUGCUCCCAAGCAUCCAGAGCUGGAGAACAUCCCGAAUCUGCAUGUCAUUAAAACUAUGCAGUCACUGAAAUCGAAGAAUUUCGUAAAAGAGCAGUUUGCCUGGCGCCACUACUACUGGUACUUGACUAAUGAAGGCAUCGAGUAUCUACGUGCUUAUCUCCAUCUACCUUCUGAGAUUGUUCCUUCGACGCUGAAACGUGCUGCCCGUUCAGAGCCGCAGCGCGCUCGUACCCAGGCUGGUCCCCGUCCGGACGGACCCAAGGCUGGCGAAGACCGCCAGGCAUAUCGCCGAACGCAACAGGCUACCCCUGCGGACAAGAAGGGUGAUGUCGGAGUAGGAACUGGUGAAAUGGAAUAUCGUGGCGGUUUUGGUCGUGGCAAUCGUAUGUAAAGCAUGCGAAAAACCAGCAUUCACAUUGUCAAAGAUCAGUCCUUUGCUAUCGGAGACAGUACUCUGCAGUUACAGAGAAAACGGUGCCCUAAUCUAUCGAUUUGCUUGUAAAAUGAAGAAAAAUUGCAUCAAGCUGAUAUUGUUUGGUGGGAUUUAAAUUUUUGUUUUUCCUUGAAUCCUCAAUAGUUCGCAGUACAGUUUAAGAGGAUGUGGGCCGUAAUGUUCUUCGAUAAAUAAAACAGGACGAACUUAAAAGUAA